UAUUUACAACUUUUUACCUAGGAAUUACGCACUCGAUGUGCGCAUUGUAUCAUUAUCUAAUAUCGUUUAAAUCCUAAAUAUCUGUUGUUUUUGCAUGUUUCAUAAGUUGUACAAAAUCAUCGAAAAAAUAUGCCUCUCACUGAACGCGAGAAAGUUAUAGCUUCUGCAGCGGUUAUUACUGCUGUGGGAGUUGGGGCACUUUACGUAGUGAUAAAUAGGAAACGAAUUUUCCGACGAUUCACAGAUCCGUUGUAUAACCAAACGAUUCGGAUAGUAACGAAUGUCGAUGAGUGCAAAAAUAUAGUUGGUACACUAAGAACACACUGCCAGGAGUACCGAAUUUUAGGUCUGGACUGUGAAUGGGUAAACGAGCAAGGCAAGCGCCACCCCGUAGCUUUGCUCCAGCUAGCGUCGCAUCGCGGACUAUGCGCCUUGUUCCGACUGUGCGAAAUGAGACGCAUUCCACCGGAGUUGACCGAUCUUUUGAAUGACUCCAGUAUAUUGAAAGUUGGUGUCGGUCCCGUCGACGAUGCUAAAUUGUUGAAACUGGAUUACAAUUUGAAGGUAACAAGUGCAUUAGAUUUACGGCACCUGGCAGAGAAGGGUGGUUUUCCGGGCCCAUUCGGUUUGGCUCGUUUGGCAGAAAAGACUUUGGGUGUAAAAAUGGACAAACACUGGCGUGUCAGAGCGUCGAACUGGGAAACCCCAGAGCUAACCGAACGGCAGAUUCUCUAUGCAGCAAACGAUGCACAUGUCGCCGUAAAACUAUUUGAGCGAUUUGUGAAACAUUUGGUUCCACGAGGUCUUUUGACUUCCCGAAAGGACUGGUUCGAGAAGGUACUGCAAGAAGUGAAUUGCUAUCUAGAUCAACGAUACAAAGACAAACCAAGCACGAAGACCCGUAACGGUACUGGUAAGGGUAGGAACAAACUCCUCGGUGGCCCUAAUGGAACCGACGCAACUAUAAUUAAACGAUCAAUGGCUACAAGGGCCAAGCCGCUGUACGACAAUUGUAUGAUGCAGGCACCGGAUGGUGAAGUUCUAUGUACAUGCGAUCGCAAAAAGGCUGAAUGGUACGUGAUGAAAGACUUGGCGGAGAUCGUUACCAAUCAACCCACCUAUACGAUUCGGUUAAAGUUUGAACCAAAGGGACGGGCCGUUGGGGAAGUUGGUCGGUAUUAUCAGUCUGCAAAAGAGAAUCGAUGUGUAGUUUGCGGUGCCAGGGACUCAUACAUUCGCAAGAAUGUAGUUCCGCGUGACUAUAGGAAGCAUUUUCCAUUGGUAAUGAAAGAACACGUCUCGCACGACAUUUUAUUGCUUUGUGCCCCGUGUCAUCGGGCCAGCAAUAUGUUUGAUGAAAACAUGCGCCUAAAAUUGGCUUCACUUUGUAUGGCACCAUACUCCAUGCAGGAAAAUCCUAAAGAAAUUCGUGUCGAGAAUAUAUCCGAUUUACGCAAAGCGACUCGCGCUUUGCUGUACAGUUCAGGGAAGAUUCCGGAAGAAAGAAAGAAAAUCUUGGAACGAAAAGUGCGAAAACUGCUUCCAAAGGGUACCGAAAUUAAUAACGCGCUGCUGGAGCAUUAUGCCAACAUCAAUGUGGUGAUCCCGAACGAUGAUUAUUGUGCACAUGGAGAGAAGGUGGCGGAUUAUUUUAAACAACUGCCCGGAGGAUUGAGUGAGCUUGAAAAAAUGUGGAGAGAGCACUUUUUACGCACAAUGAAACCCAAACAUCUUCCAGAAUUGUGGUCGGUGGAGCAUAACUUCAAAAGAUUAGAAAUUCGAGCAGAAGAAGGCCGGAUUGAUGAGCAAGACAUGCUAGUUGCAGGUAUUACACGUCUUCGAAAUGGAUCUUCGUCCAACAGUGAAAAUACAACCAGCAAUAACAUUAGCCUAUCUAACAGUAGUAGUAGUAGUAACAGCAAAACUUUCAGCUUGGGAACGGAUUCAUUAUCCAAUCUGCAUUCAAGUGAGCAGGUGGAGAGUGACAAUGACAGCACUGCCCGAGACCUUCCCAGCUACGAAGACGAAGAGUCAGCCACGAUUGCUGGUUCUGAACAUGUAACUGCAUCCAAUCAUAAUCAUACGGAAUUUUAUUCCCAUCAUGACGAAUCGAGAACACUUUACGAUUCUGCUACUGCCGGUGGUUCGAGCAGUGCCACAAUCAGCAAUGGUAUAUCCGAUCCGUUCCGUACAGUGCCGCAACCACUGACUGCUGCCACCGAUCGGGAUGAAAGCGAGCAAGAGGCAACGAUGAAUGACUUUGCAUCGAUUGAGUCCAGCUACGACUCAGACGAUUCAGACUCGACUCUGUCGCAGCCUUCAAUGACACUACUCAACUCGACCGAUGACUGGGAAGCCGAAGCCAACGAGCCCAGCGUGAAUGGAACUGUACCAUUGCUGUUAGGUCGCAGUGAAGAAAAAUGAAAUGCGGCGCAAAAUUUUAAUCCUUGUACCACACAAAUUAUAUAUUAUUGCAUUUGUCCUUUUAUCAUGUAGUAGUGUAUAUCAAUAAUGUUUCGCUUACUUGACCAAAUUGUUAUAACUAAAAUUUUGCCUUUGCA